GUAGACUUAUGUAUGAGAUGUGGGUAGGGCGGAUUAUGAAUAAACAGUCUUAGCAAUGCACUCGUGGUCUCAAUACAUCAUCCUGCCCAAAUCAGUACUUUACAUGGCGCAGUCGGUUAUAAGCAAUGGUUUGAUCGUUAUAAGUAAACGGGAUUAGUGUAAUUUGGAUAUUGAGUGAUAGAUUGAGUGGAGUGAAAUUUACAAAGCAGUGUGUUGUGACUAGCGGAAAAUGGAUACAGUUCUAAGGCCGCCGCCUCCAUUUUGUUUCGAGAAUAAUUUGUCGAGUGUUACGUCGGGAAACUUAAGUAGACAAUGGUUAAAGUGGAAGAAAUCGUUUGAGAUAUACUCUAAAGCAUGUGAGCUUAGUAAAAAAACUGAAGACGUACAAGUGAGCAUUUUAUUGCAUGUCAUAGGAGAACAGUGUCGCGAAGUCUAUGAACAGUUCACAGAUAAAAUAACUACUAUAAAAGGAUUAUUAGAAAAUUUUGAUAAAUAUUUUCUACCAACAAAAAAUCUGACUAUCGAGCGCCACAAGUUUUUUUCGAGAGGUCAACAAGAAGGCGAGUCCGUUGAACAAUAUACAUUUGAGUUAAACAAAUUAGCUAUGACUUGCGAGUUCAAGGACCUGAAGGACGAUUUAAUAAGAGAUAGGCUAAUUUGUGGAUUGAGAGAAGACGCGAUGAGGGAACGUUUACUUCGGGAGAGCGAGACCUUGACUCUAAAGAAAGCCGUGGAUAUGUGUCGUAUAGCGGAGAUGUCACGCAUGCAAGCGGGCCGUAUAAAGCAAGAGGAUACAGGAGAGUAUAAUGCAUACGAGCUCACGACUACGGCUGGGGACAAGCAACAACAGUGUGAAGUGCACUGGGUAGGACGUCCUGCAAAGAGUCGUCCUGGAUCGAGUCGAAAGGGCCGUUGCGGCGUGAAUGCGCCGCCGCCGCCGAGCCGAGCGCCGCCGACGCCGCGGUCCGGCGCGCCCGUGAUGUCAUCGCGCAAGAAUGCGCCGUCACACGGAAACAACUAUAGGCAGUGUGAUUAUUGUGGAUCGAAUCAUGAAAAGUUUAAGUGUCCCGCUUAUGGUCAACGCUGUGCUAAAUGUCAUAGAUCUAAUCAUUUUGCGAAGGUGUGUCGUAUGUAUGCAGUACAGGGGGAUUCCACGGAUCAGGUAUGUCUCAUUAAUUCCAUAAAUAAAAAUAAGCGCUGGAGCGUGGACCUUUUAAUUAAUGGAGCUAGCAUAACGUUUAAUUUAGACAGUGGGGCUGAUACUAAUGUUCUGCCUUUGCGAUUUUUACCGGAAAUCGGGUAUAGUGUAAACGACUUAGUACAGACUCGUAUCAGAUUGACAGCAUAUUCAGGAGACCAAAUUAAUGUUGCAGGCAAGUGUCACUUAAAAGUAAAAUACAAAAACAAUUCACAUGUUGUAAGUUUUAUUAUAGCGGACGUGACAUCACCCCCGGUACUAGGUAGAUCAACUUGCGAAGAAUUAAACUUGGUUAGGCGCGUUAUGAAUAUCGAGACCUCAGGGUUGAAUAGUUGUUUAGGAAUGUUAGAUGAGUAUGGGGAUGUGUUUGAAGGCAUGGGGUGUUUACCCGGCGAAUAUAGGAUACAAUUGCAGCCUAAUGUGCAGCCAGUCGUGCAUGCGCCGCGUAAGCUGCCACUAGCGCUGCGGGAUGCGGUAAAAAAUAAGCUAGAUGAAAUGCUACAGCAACAGGUCAUCGCGAAGGUUGAGGGGCCCACGGACUGGGUCAACAGUAUGACUGUCGUGAAGAAAGCUAAUGGAGACCUUCGCAUCUGUUUGGAUCCUCGAGACCUAAAUAAAGCUAUUCGUCGAGAACAUUUCAAAUUACCAACUCUGGACGAGAUUACAACGAAAUUAUCGGGUGCAAAAUAUUUUAGUACUCUAGAUGCUAAACACUCAUUCUGGCAGGUAAGGCUACACGAUGACUCAACUGACCUUUGUACCUUCAACACGGUGUUUGGCAGAUACAAAUUCCUUCGUAUGCCCUUUGGAAUUUCUUCCGCAUCGGAGAUUUUUCAUAAAAGGCUAUUUGAACAGUUUGAUGAUAUAGAGGGCGUAAUACUCUUUAUUGAUGAUUUGCUUGUGUAUGGAGAAACGGAGGAAGUACAUAAUACACGUCUUCGUCAGGUGCUCGACCGGUGUAGGAAAAUCAAUAUUAAGCUAAACAAGGAUAAAUGCAAGGUGGGACUUUCUGAGUUAAAGUAUUUAGGGCACAGAAUAUCAUGCGAAGGUAUACGGCCAGAUGACUCGCAUACGUUAGCUAUUAGAGAAAUGCCUAAACCAGAAAAUACUAAGGAUUUGGAAAGGUUUUUAGGGCUUGUAACCUAUGUUGGCAGCUUUAUACCACAUUUGUCAGAAAGGACCCAUUUGCUGAGAGAGCUUCUUAAAAAAGAUAUAGCAUGGCAUUGGGAUGAUAGGCAUCAGAAAUGUUUCAAUGAAUUAAAACAAUGUUUAGUGAGUCCUCCCGUAUUACAAUAUUUUAAUUUAGAAAAAUCGGUUACGAUUUCUGUUGAUGCAGCAAAAAACGGGUUAGGUGCUUGUCUUAUUCAAAAUGGACUACCAGUUUGCUACGCGUCGCGCUCGUUAACUAAAGCCGAGCAAGCCUAUGCGCAAAUUGAAAAAGAAUUGCUAGCAUGCGUGUACGCAUGCGAAAAAUUUUAUUGUUAUAUUUAUGGGCGAACAGACGUGACAGUGGAAACUGAUCACAAGCCACUAGUAAGCAUAAUUAAAAAGCCUAUUGCUAGUGCCCCGGCACGUCUUCAAAGAAUGUUGCUAAGGUUACAACCAUAUACAUUUGAGCUGAUGUACAAGCCGGGCAAAUACCUGUACGUGGCAGACGCGCUGUCGCGCGCUGUGGCGCCGGCCGACUCGAGCGCAGCACCGGAGGAGCCACUAGAUCAUUUAGAGAUGGAAGCGCAAAAUUAUACAGAUGAACCAAAUAUUCCCGUAUUCAAACUCCCCACUUCUAGUCCGUCGUCCGGCCUGGGAACGAAAUCAUAA